AUGGGCGAUGAUCAACCUACUGGGUUUAAAGCACGUAUAAAGAAAUAUAGAGAGUCACAUAAGGCAUUCCAUUGGCUACUAAAUGUAUACGAGUUUCUAUUGAGUCAGUGGUUCUUUUGUCUUCUAGGAGUGUUCAUUGCAUUAGCGUAUGAGUUUCCAAACUUUGCCAGACAAGGAGGGUUGAUCAAAGGUGAAUAUACAAUUGGCUAUGGAGCAGUGGCCAUUAUCUUCUUGAUUAGUGGACUCUCAAUGUCUACUAGAGAUUUAAUGGUGAAUGCAUUACACUGGAGAGUUCAUUUCACCGUGUUAAGCUUAUCAUUUCUAAUUACUUCUUCUAUAAUUUACGGGAUAGCACUGGGGAUCAAAGCCGCUAAUGACGGUGAAAUAGACCCUUGGCUUUUGGUAGGGUUAAUAGUAACUCAUGCUUGUCCAACUACGGUUAGUUCAAAUGUCGUCAUGACAAGACAAGCUCACGGAAAUGUCGUGCUCACCCUAUGCGAAGUGUUUAUAGGUAAUGUGCUAGGAGCAUUCAUUACCCCAGCAUUAGUCCAAAUGUAUUUAACUGGAACUUGGGAAUUCGGGAACCCUCUGCAUCAAGUCUUAGCCGCUCAAGAUGUCCAAGUUUCUAUUGGUCAAUUGUAUAAGAAUGUCAUGAAGCAAAUUGGUCUUUCGGUGUUUGUUCCAUUAUUUGUUGGUCAAGUGAUUCAAAAUAUCUUUCCUAAACAAACCAAAUGGACUUUAACCACUUUUAGAUUGAAUAAAGUGGGGUCCUUUAUGCUUUUAUUGAUUAUGUUUCUUUCCUUUUCCACAGCAUUCUAUCAGAAUGCCUUUAAUGAUGUUAGUCAUGUUUCAAUCAUCUUUAUUUGUUUCUUUAAUGUGGGGAUCUAUUUAUUCUUUACGGUGCUAAGCUUUUGCUACAGUCGCCCAAGAUUCCUAUUGGCUGUCUUCCGUGAACCAAUCACAGAAUCUUCUUCAAGAUUAUACAGAUAUUCCUACAAGUUAUUCCGCCCCUUUUACUACAAUAGAAAAGAUACGGUUAGUGUGAUGUUAUGUGGCCCAGCAAAGACCGCGGCUUUGGGUGUAUCUUUGAUUAGUUCUCAAUAUGGCGCCCAUAAUCCGAAUUUGGGGAUUCUUUUGGUUCCCUUGGUCUUGUACCAAGCAGAGCAAGUGAUGACUGCCAAUUUCUUGACGCAUCUUAUGAAGAAAUGGGUGCUAAAUGGAGAAUUGGAAGAUCAAAAGUUAAAUCAAGAACUAUUGGCUGCACAAACUGCAGGCAAGAUCACAGAUGAGGAGGCUACCAUUGGCAUAGAAGAAGAAGAACAACCCCAUGAUCAAGAUACAUCAUCUACCCGAAGUAGAUCCAACGCAAGCAUUAGUGAUGACGUUCCAUCGAAAACAUAA